AUACACGCGCGCGCAAACGCCAUCGGCACAUCGCACCAACAAGAAGCGUGAAAGCGCCCAGCUGCCUGCCCGCCAUGGCCGCUGCCGUGCUCCUCCUCCUCCCGCUCCUCCUGUCCGCCGCCGCAGCGCCGGCCACCGCGGCAGGCGGCGAGAAGCAGACGCACAUCAAGCUGUACUGGCACGACGUGGUGAGCGGCCCGAACCCCACGGCGGUGCAGGUGGCGCGCGCCGCCGUCACCAACACCUCCAAGACGGCCUUCGGCGUCGUGGUGGUCAUCGACGACCCGCUCACCGAGGGGCCCGACCUCAAGUCCUCGAAGCCCGUGGGCCGCGCGCAGGGGACCUACAUCGGCGCCGGCAAGGACACGGUGGCGCUGCUGAUGAACAUGAACUUCGUGUUCCAGGGCGGCAAGUACAACGGCAGCACCGUCGCCAUCAUGGGCCGCAACGAGGUGUUCAGCGCCGUCCGGGAGAUGGCCAUCGUGGGCGGCACCGGCGUCUUCAGGUGGGCGCGCGGGUAUGCGCAGGCCAGGACGCACACCUUGGACCUCAAGACCGGCGACGCCACCGUCGAGUACAACCUCUUCAUCAAGCACUGACCACCAGAUCAGAAUUCAUGGACAAGAAUCAUACUCGAAGCUUGUGUUUAAUUAUGGUCUUGGUUUUGAUU